CGCCUCCAGGAGCUACACUCGUGUUAGAAGUCAUUUGAAAUAAGGCGUUUUUUCCCCAAGGUUUACCAUUAAAGAAGGGGAGAGAACUAUCCACCGGGUCAGAGUGAUAAACUGGAACGCGAGGGAAAUGGGAGAUAACGGUUUACCUACAACAAUGGAAAACAAGCGGGUGGCUGUGGUAACUGGAUCCAACAAAGGUAUUGGGUAUGCCAUUGUACGGGGCCUGUGUAAACAGUUUGACGGGGACGUGUACCUUACAGCUCGAGAUAAAAGUCUCGGACUCCAGGCGGUCCAGGACCUGAAUAAGGAAGGGCUAAGUCCUAAGUUUCACCAGUUGGACGUCACAAAACCAGAUACUAUUGCCAAGCUGCGGUCAUUUCUCAAAGACACCUACGGUGGACUGGACAUACUGGUCAACAACGCAGGGAUCUUUAUUGAGGCAAAUUCUGCAGCUCAGGACGGCACUCAAGCAGAAUCCAUUGUACGUACCAACUUUACGGGUCUAUGUGAUGUAUCUGAGGCCCUCUUCCCAUUGUUACGUCCACAUGCUAGGGUAGUGAAUAUAUCCAGUAUGCUGUCAUUUGCGUCUUUACUCAAAUGCAGUGAUGAACUCCAACACAGAUUCAAAGAUGAAAACAUCAGUCAGGAAGAGCUCAAGAUUCUGAUGCAACAAUUUGUAGAUUGCAUCAAAAUGGGGACUCAUGGCGCGAAUGGUUGGCCUACUGGUAAAUACACCAGCGGUUAUGGCGUGUCUAAGAUAGGGGCGACAGUCAUAUCCUUCAUACAACAGCGAGAACUGAAGAAAGAUUCUAGACCGGAUAUAGUGGUCAACGCGGUUUGUCCUGGAUACGUGGUAACAGAUCUGACCGGACAACAGGGAUUUAAGACUAUUGACCAAGGAGCAGAGACGCCACUCUACCUGGCAAUGUUGCCACCAAACACGACGAAUCCAAACGGCAAGUUCAUAUCGGAAAAACAAAUCGUCAACUGGAAGGCAAAAAGUACCAAGUUGUAAAUGCAAUCACUACAGAAAGGAGAAAUAUGUUUAAGAUGUUAACUGGGAAGCGAAAACCACAACAACUAUCAUCACAAUGGAAGAAGGGAGGCAUCUCUAUCACGUUGCUUAUAGGAAGAAAUAUGAAAGAUAUCAGUUGAAUUUUACUUUAAAAUGCAAAAUGGAAAAUACGCUGUCCUUAUACGUUAAACUGAGCUGAUGAAACUUAUGCUGAAUACUUAACUUAAAUAGCUGAGAUAUGUUUUGUUUUUAUCAAUGUCAUUGUGUAUAUAAUAAUAUAUUUAUUCAAUAAAAAAUAUGAUAUAUUUAUUCAAUAAAAACUAUGAUACAAAUUAAUCUGA